AUGCACAUGAUUACGUUCAUGAAGACAUAUCAUCCGACUUGGCUUGAAGACUACAAGGCGGCGAAAAAGGAUGCGUACAAGUCUCUCCUCAAGUUGUGCCAAGAUUUUGCGAAACGGCUCAACUUGUUUCUCAGCGCGUGCCAUAAAUUUUGGAACAAGUACUACGCGUACGAGCCUUGUGGCAUCCCCAAUGUCGACGAAACAGCUGUCAUCUACGUGAUGCCCCCUGGAAGAAUUUGGGCAGAGAAAGGACAGUCGUCGCGUGUGGACAAGAAACAGAAACAUUCGGACCGUUUGACAGCGCCGUUCGAACAGUACGAUUUUCCCAUAAUUUUCAGCUGA